AUGACUCGAAUGAGCGAAAGUGCUUCACUUCUGGCCUCAGCAAUUGUGACAGGAGUGGUAGGCAUAACCUCAACGUUCAUAUCAAUGGUGGUAGUAGACAGAGUUGGCCGGAGACUCCUCCUCCUGUUGGGUGGAUUCCAAAUGCUUAUUUCUCAAGUGAUUGUGGGGAGUACAAUGGCUGCUCAGCUUGGUGACCAUGGAGGGAUAGCAAAAGGGUAUGCGUUCAUGGUCAUAAUAUUUGUUUGCAUCUUUGUUGCUGGGUUUGGGUGGUCCUGGGGACCAUUAGGGUGGCUGAUUCCGAGCGAGAUUUUCCCUCUGGAGAUAAGAUCGGCAGGGCAAAGUAUCAACGUCGCCGUGAAUUUUCUGUUCACUUUCAUUGUUGCCCAGAGUUUUUUGCCGAUGCUCUGCCACUUCAAGGCUGGGAUUUUCUUCUUCUAUGGUGGAUGGGCGGCUGCAAUGACCGGAUUCGUGUACUUGUUCCUGCCGGAGACGAAGAACGUUCCAAUCGAGCAGAUGGAGAGGGUGUGGAGGAUGCAUUGGUUUUGGAGAAGGAUUGUGGGGGAGAGAGUAGGGAUGCAAACAAGUUGGAAGGAGCAUAAGAUUGUAAUUAAAGUGCAAGACACAUAA